AUGAAGCCAUACGCUCCAGCUUUCAUUCUCCUGUGGAGUGCUGUUGGGAUAGCAAGGGCUGCCAAAAUCGUUGUCGUGCCGCCAAUUAUGUUUGAAAGCCAUCUUUAUAUUUUCAAGACUCUGGCCUCUGCCUUGUAUGACCAAGGUCAUCAGACAGUGUUUCUCCUCUCUGAGGGCAGAGAGAUUCCUCCAUCUAAUCACUAUAGACUUCAGCGCUACCCAGGAAUCUUUAACAGCAGCACCUCGGAUGAUUUUCUCCAGUCCAAGAUGAGGAGUAUCUUCUCGGGGAGGCUGACAGCCCUCGAACUCUUCGAUAUCCUGGACCGCUAUUCCAAGAACUGUGACAUGAUCGUUGGCAACCGAAACCUCAUGCAAGCCCUCAAACAGGAAAAAUUUGACCUGCUCCUGGUCGAUCCCAACGAGAUGUGUGGAUUUGUCAUAGCUCAUCUUUUAGGGGUUAAAUAUGCCGUCUUUUCCACUGGCCUCUGGUAUCCAGCCGAAGUGGGUGCUCCAGCUCCCCUGUCUUACGUCCCAGAAUUUAACUCGCUGCUCACAGAUCGCAUGAACCUAUGGGAGAGGAUUAAAAAUACUGUUGUUUAUCUUAUUUCAAGAUUUGGAGUCAGUUUUUUGGUUCUGCCAAAAUACGAAAGGAUAAUGCAGAAACACAAGGUUCUGCCAGAACGGUCCAUGUAUGACUUGGUUCAUGGAUCCAGCCUGUGGAUGCUUUGUACUGAUGUAGCACUGGAGUUUCCGAGACCUACGCUCCCCAAUGUUGUUUAUGUGGGAGGAAUCCUAACCAAACCAGCCAGCCCUCUGCCAGAAGAUCUCCAGACAUGGGUGAAUGGUGCUAAUGAAAAUGGCUUUGUCCUCGUCUCUUUUGGAGCUGGAGUGAAAUACCUGUCAGAAGAUAUAGCCAAUAAGUUAGCACAUGCUCUGGCAAGGCUGCCUCAGAGAGUGAUUUGGAGGUUUUCAGGAAACAAACCAAGAACUUUGGGCAACAAUACCAAGCUUAUAGAAUGGCUACCACAAAAUGACCUUCUUGGUCACUCUAACAUUAAAGCUUUUCUUAGCCACGGGGGUUUGAACAGCAUUUUUGAAACCAUGUACCAUGGAGUCCCAGUGGUGGGGAUUCCCCUUUUUGGAGACCAUUAUGAUACUAUGACUCGUGUGCAGGCCAAAGGCAUGGGAAUAUUGCUGAACUGGAAGACAGUCACUGAGAAGGAGCUGUAUGAAGCCCUAGUAAAAGUUAUUAAUGAUCCCAGCUACCGCCAGCGGGCCCAGAGGCUGUCUGAGAUUCACAAAGACCAACCCGGUCACCCCGUUAACCGAACUGUGUACUGGAUUAACUACAUCCUCCGCCACAACGGAGCCCAGCAUCUACGUGCCGCUGUUUACAGCAUCUCUUUAUAUCAGUAUUUCUUACUGGAUAUUGCCUUUGUCCUACUAGUGGGUGCUGCCUUACUUUAUUAUAUUUUGGCCAGGAUAACAAAGUUUAUCUUCAAACAAAGCAAACACCUGUGGUCAAAUGACAAACAUCGCGCUGUCAAUGGACAUUACCAAAAUGGGAUCCCAAAUGGCAAGUAUAGAAGAAAUGGCCACAUUAAACAUGAAAAAAAGGUGAAAUGA